AUGCGGUUCAAGACCUCUGUUCGGAACAUCCAAACCUUCUCUAAGCUCACGGCUUCGUUGUCGUCCUUGGGCAAGGUCGCCUGGGUGCGUCUGGACGAUGAUAAUGUGCGCUUCACGGUAAUCCCAGAAACCGGCACUCAAGUAUGGGCAUCACUAUCAAUUAGCUCCAUUUUCGAGGACUAUACCAUUCAAUCAGCAGCCCCAAACAAUACCAUUGAUCUCGAACUGUCUCUUCCGCCCCUCCAUCGAGCUUUGAAAUCUGCACUAAACGCUACAUCUGCUUCUGUUCGUCUUACAAAGAAGGAUGGAGUACCAGUCCUAUCUUUUACAAUCAUUACAAACACUAUCAGCAGCGGAAACAGCGCCGGCGGCUUCCUGCACGGUACCAGUGAUGAUCCUUUUGGUGACAAUGCGUUUCGAGAAGAGAGGCUUGAUGCCAAUAUGGGAAGAGAUAGAGAGGCUGUUAUCACUCAAGAUAUCCCCAUCCGGGUCUUGACUGCUGCCAGUGUCGAGGGAAUACACGAACCGAGGGUCCGAGAUCCCGAUGCACACAUCAUUCUUCCCUCCCUUAUACAGCUCAAGGCAAUUUCCGACCGGUUCACUAAGCUCGCUAUGGCCACAAGUUCUGGCGGCACAAGGAGUGGACUCAGCAAUGCGGCAAAUGUUCCUAAGCUAGAGCUAGCUGCGAACAUGUAUGGAAGCUUGAAAUUAAGCAUCUCCACUGACGCCUUGAACAUUUCGAGUGUAUGGACUGGUCUCAAUAAUCCCGAACUAGACCCCAGACAGAUUGAGGAUAGCGGUGGUCUCGAAGAGCAUCCAAGCACCAAGUUAAAGGCAGCUGGUCCUGAUGCUUGGUCUACGGUUCGCAUCGACGGAAGGGAUUGGGGUAAAGUGCUCAGUGUUGGAAGACUUGGUGGCCGUGUCAUAGCUUGCUUUGCUGAUGAGCAUGCCCUGAUUCUCUACGUCUAUCUUUCCAACUACGAUGACGGUGUCGAUGACUCCGUCUUGACAUACUAUAUCUCUUCUUUUAGCGUAUGA